CCAAAAUGUCCCUCACAAUCUUCCUCCGCCAAAAAGCCCCCGAAAUAACAGCAACAGCCUGCCUCGUCGCCUACGCCGUCCUAAAAAACAAACUCACCCCGGGCGGCGUAUUCGCAGGAAUCAUAACCGCCGCAAUCCACAUGCUACACCCAUGGCCCGCAUUCUUCUGGCUAUUGAUGGUAUUCUUCCUAUUCGGAACAUUCGUGACCAAGAUCGGCCACUCCUCCAAAUCCCACCUGACCCAAUCCUCCACCGGCGGAACCGGAGGCGAAGGAGCUCGCAAAGCAAUCCAAGUCUGGUCGAAUUCCGGCUGGGCAAGUCUUCUGAUCUUGAUCCACGCCUAUCUCUUACACACCCAACCCUUCAUCUCCUCGCACAUCGCGGUGUCCCCAGGCCCGAAUUUUCCAAAACUACUUCGAUUCCUGCCGAUGGGAAUCAUCGCACAAUAUGCAGCAGUGGCUGCGGAUACGUUCGCAUCGGAACUUGGGAUUUUGUCGAAAGAGGAGCCGUUUAUGAUCACGGCGCCGUGGAAGAAGGUGGCGAGGGGGACGAAUGGAGGGGUGACGGUUGAUGGGUUGAAGUACAGUUUGGUUGGGAGUGGGUUGUUGACGUUUGUGGCGGGUGUGGGGCUUUUCUUUGGGGCUCCGAAGGUUGCGAUGGAUGCGAAGGUUUCUGGGGUUUUGGUGAUGGCUGGGUUGGCUGGGAGUGUGAUUGAUUCUGUGCUUGGAGCUUUAUUACAGGUGACUGUGACGGACAAGGGGACAGGAAAGGUCAUUGAAGGUGCUGGUGGUCAACGCGUCAAGGUAUUGCCGGAUGGAAGUAGGGUACAGAUUGGGAGAGAUCUCUUGACCAACAACGGGGUCAAUUUUGUGAUGGCUUGUUCCGCCAGCAUUCUAGCUAUGGGGACGGCCUAUUUGCUGGAUCUGCAAUUCCAGGCUGUCCGCUGAACCACAGGUAGUGGCUCCACCCUGCUGUGCAACUUGG